CCUCAGCACACAGACAGUCAAGGCUGUUCCGCUCUGAGAGUGCAAGCUCCCGUUGCUCUGCUGGUCCUGUUUGUGUUGGCAAUGGCUGGGAUUUGAUCUCGAGAAAACAAAGUGCUACAGUCUCCGCUGCGGCUUGCUUGCUUCUCUCCCCUUCUCUCCUCCUCUUCUCCCCAGCUGCCCUAAAGGGGAAAAAAAAGAUGGGUUUAACUGCUUCAUCACUGAAGUAGUAGAAGUACCAAGUCAUUGAUGGAAUGUCCUGAGGAUUGGCAGAGAGAAAGAAGAAAAGCCUUCUUAAUAUCACAGCAGUAAAGUUGGGUGGUAUGUUUUUGAAGCCCUGAAAUUCUCCUAUCCCCCUCCCCCCCAAAAAGAAUACCUAAAUUCAUCAGUGCACCUGAGAGGAUCCCUGGAUGCUCUGCCCAGCAGCUUAAAAUCAGUUGCAUGUGGAUUAUGGGUACAACUGCCAGCACAGCUCAGCAGACAGUGGCAACAGCAACAUUUGAGAACAUUCACGGCAACGGAACCAUGGAUGACCACAAUUCUCUCAGCAUCCACUCCUUCCAGACGGUUGGCCUUCACAACAACAAAGCCAAGUCUAUUAUUACCAAUAAAGUGGCACCUGUAGUCAUUACGUACAACUGCAGAGAGGAGUUUCAGAUUCAUGAUGACCUCUUGAAAGCUGGCUAUACUGUUGGGCGCAUUACAGAGUCCACUCCAGAGCACUAUCUUGUACAGGGGAAAUAUUUUAUGGUCCGUGAUGUAUACAGCAAAUUAGACGUCUUGAACACUGCCAGCAGCUGUGGUGCACCAAACUUUCGACAGGCCAAAGGGGGAUAUUCCGUGUUUGGCAUGGGACAGCCCAGCUUGGGUGGAUUCAAACAGAUUCUGCAGAAACUCCAGAAUGAGGGUCAUAAGGAAUGCAUUAUGUUCUGUGUUCGCGAGGAACCUGUGCUUUUUUUGCCUUUGGACAAUGACUUUAUGCCCUACACCCCUAGAGGAAAAGAGAACCUGCAUGAAAAUCUACAUAGCCUGCAGAGAGGUGUCAAAGUAGAAAACCUGGAGCUUUCUAUUCGAAAAGAGAUACAUGACUUUGCCCAGCUCAGUGAGAACACAUAUUACGUCUACAAUGAUAUUGAGCAUUUCAAAGAUGAGCCACAUUCAGUGUGUAUCCACUGUGAAGAAGACAUCCAUGUGACCGAGGAAGUAUACAAGAGACCGGUCUUCCUGCUGCCAUCUUACAGGUACCAUCGGCUGCCUUUACCUGUAGAAGGAGCUCCUUUAGAAGCUCAGCUUGAUGCUUUCCUCAGUUUCCUCAGGGAAAGUCCAAACCUACUUCUUCUCCAAGACCCCAGCAGGCCUCCUCCUGCUCUCCUCUUCAGCUGCCAAACAGGAGUUGGAAGGACCAACUUAGCCAUGAUCUUAGCUACACUGGUACUUUAUCACCGCAAGGGUGGUCUGCAAAAGCAAGAUCAUAGCCUUCUGCAGUCCAGUAAAUUCUUGCCCAGGGAUCGAUUUCAAAUUAUUCAAAACUUUAUUGGCACAGUAUCAAAAGGACAGCAAAUAGUGGAGGAGGUAGAUGCUGCCAUCUCUGUUUGUUCAGAAAUGCAUGACAUGAGGGAAGCUAUCUAUGAGAAUAAGAAGAAAUUGGAAGCGAUUGGAGAAGAUUACCAGAGCCAGGCAAACAGCACCAAAGAGUAUUUCCUUCAGAGGACACUACAGAGCCUUGAGCGCUAUUUCUACUUGAUAGCUUUCAACUAUUAUCUUCACGAACAGUACCCCCUAGCUUUUGCUCUCGAUUUCAGCAGAUGGAUGUGCAGGCACCCUGAGCUGUACAGGCUUCAUGCAAACAUGAACUUGUCAGAGCUGACCAUCACAGGGGAGCAAAUCACAAAAGGGGCACGAGUACUGGUGGUGGAUGAUCGGUUUUCUCCAGAUGUACUCAGCACAGUCAAAGAGAUGAGAGUGGCCAAUUUCCGGAGGGUUCCCAAGAUGCCUGUGUAUGGGAUGGCUCAGCCAAGCUCCAAGGCUAUUGGGAGUGUCUUAAACUACCUGACAGAUGCAAAGAGGAAAUAUUCCCACAUCUUGUGGGUUAAUCUUCGUGAAGAGGUGGUUCUGGAGGGGAAUGAGCAAACUUACACUCUCAGGGAAGUUUGCAAUCUGGAUCAGCAGAUAACCGUUCCAGUAAUGUCACCUGACCAGCUAGAGAAAUUGGAAUCUGUCUUGAAGAAUGACUUGCUUAAAUCUCAGAAAUGGAUUGAAGUUUAUCUGGAACAGGAGAAGCAGAUGAAAAUGUUUAAAACCUGCCUGACGAUGCAGGAAGUAUUUAAUCAACAUAAGAGCACCUGCCAAGGGUUGGCAUACAAACGUAUCCCAAUUCCAGACUUCUGUGCUCCCAAGGAAAAGAACUUUGAUCAGCUGUUAGAAGCAAUGAAGGCUGCUCUGGCUGAAGACAGCCACAAAGCUUUUGUGUUCAACUGUCACAGUGGUAGAGGAAGAACCACCACAGCCAUGGUUAUUGCUGUCCUCACCCUUUGGCAUUUUAAUGGAAUCCCUGAAAUAGUCGAGGACGAAAUUGUGAGUGUGCCUGAUGCCAAGUACACUAAAGGAGAGUUUGAGGUGGUAAUGAAGAUUGUCCAGCUAUUGCCGGAAGGACACCGAAUGAAGAAGGAGGUAGACAUGGCACUGGAUACUGUGAGUGAGACAAUGACACCCAUGCACUAUCAUCUGAGGGAAAUCAUCAUAUGCACCUACAGACAGGGGAAAGCAGCUAAGGAUGAAAAGGAGAUGCGGACAUUGAACCUGAGGAGCCUGCAGUAUUUGGAACGCUAUAUCUAUCUCAUCCUCUUCAAUGCAUAUCUUCAUUUGGAGAAAAAGGACUCUUGGCAGAGACCUUUUAGCAUCUGGAUGCAAGAGGUAGCAGCUAAGGCUGGAGUCUAUGAGAUCCUGAACCACUUGGGGUUUACAGAAUUUGAAGAUCUACAGGACAAACGACUCUCUCAACUUCGCUACCGCUGGCAGGAGCAAAGCCGUAACUCCCUCCCCUUCCGAGGAGAAUUCAUUUAGGACUCAGCUUUACAAAGGGCAUUGAGGAGUGCAGCAUUUCUUCCAGAUGUGUCUGAAUCACACACAUUCUCGGCUUUUCUUGUGGAUAUUUGUGGUUGUUGGUUUUUUUUUUUUAAAUGCAUAUAUAAAUAUGAAUAUAAAUAAAUAAUAUGGAGACAUGUGCCUUAAGGAAGGACUGUGAUUCCAUGAAGAAGAAAAAGUUAAACUGCUUUGAAGACAUUUUUAUAGUGGUCUUUCAGACACAAUAAAAUAAAUUAAACAAAUUUAGACAAA